AUGAAGAACUUGUACUGCCCUUCUUUCAUCAAGUGGUUUAUAUACUCUCUGUUACUCUUACUAUGGCAUACGUUUACGUACACAAAUGAGGAUAAUUUUGGUGAAGCAACGCAUAGCAGGAUCAGCAGGAAAAAUGGAUCGUGUGUACACUGUUUCAGAGUAUUACUGGAAGAGGGAAACACAGAUAUGUGUAAUAGUUAUUCAACAUUAAUGGGCAGUGCGCUGCAAAUAAUCAGCAACCACAGAGAUAAGGCUGGAAAGGCAGUAAAAAUAUCUUUGGACAAUGAGGGUUUUAUGCACGAAUUCAACCAUGUAUUGACUGAUGAGAAAUUUCCAAGACAAGUUUCUUCCUUCAAAAAACGUGGCAAGCAUAAACAGAAUUUAGACGUCCCAGCUAAAGGUGGAAAAUAUGCAUCAAAUGUAUACAAUAAUAAAAGGAUGAAUGACAGUUAUUUAGAUGAUUAUUAUGAUGAAUACGAAAAAUAUGAAAAAGAAAAAUAUAACCAUAAAUACUAUGAUGGUCGCACACCGCGUCCUGAUGAGAGAGGCAAUUGUAAAUACCAGGAUGGUCGCGGUAGUCGCAUAUAUCACCAGGAGCGAUACCAUGAAGAUCGUGAUGAUCGCAGAUAUCCACAGGACCGUGACCAUUGUAAAUAUCGGGAUGAUGACAGAUAUCCACAGGACCGUGACGAAUAUAAAUAUCGGGAUGGUCCCGGCAAUCACACAUAUCAUCAGGAUCGAUACAAUAAGGAUCGUGGUGAUUGCAGAUAUCCUGAGAACCGUGACAAUUGUAAGUAUUGGGAUGAUGAUAGAUAUGCUAAGGACCGUGCCAAUUGUAAAUAUUCGGAUGAUGACAGAUAUCCACAGGAGCGUGACGAUCGUAGGUAUGCACACGAUCAACGUGGUCAAAAGAAUAAGAAAUAUCGUGAUGAAUAUAAUAAAUACGAUGAAUAUUACAAAUAUGAUGGUAAGGAUAAUAGGGAUAAUCAAGAUGACAGCUACAGAAAACCUUCAAACUAUAAACAACCUGCAUUCGAUAAUGAAGCAAAUAAGUUACCACGCACAUAUCCUACUCAGGAUUCUACACCCAAACCGUUGAAUGAUAAAUAUACAAAUUUUAAUAAAGCUGGAAAAACACAUGAUCCAAUGAACCUAGGGGACAAUGCCAAAAAAUUGCACAACACUUUAAAAAACCAUUCUGAUAAGUCCAAAGGAUACUAUUCAAAACGAUACUAUGGCGAUAAUGUCGAAGAAAAAGACAAAAUGGUUGAACCAUCAAAAUAUCAUAAUAAACAUAGGAGGUGCUCUAGUAGAACAAGUAUUGAUAUAAAUGACGACCUUCGCUAUUAUAUAGAUAAAGGACGACAACAAUGUGAAUUUUCCGGUUGUCGCAUUAUAGGUAUCCUUAAAAACUGCGCCCUGGGUAAAAUGUUUCGACAAUCUGAUUCCAAGGUUGAAUUAGAAAAGACACGACACAUGAAGAAUAAGGCACAAGAUGAAAGAAGGGAAAUCAAACCUAGUGGAUUUUUUAAUAAACUGGCAUAUGCUAUAAGAAAAAAUAAAACAUUCUUAAAACUCGUAUUCAUGUUCUCUGUUCCUUAUCCAUUAGUUCUGUACGCUUCAGUUGUAGUUGCGCAUAGCGUAGCCGAGCUCUCAUCAUGCAUAGCACUGUUCUUCAUAUUACUUAUUGUAUUUCAAAUAAUCAUAGGAUUUGCCCUCUCGAAAUUUGCUGUUUCGACUCUACAGUCCAAAUGA